AUGUGUCGGAAAAUUUUAGGGUGUUAUGUUUUCGUGUUGACAUUGCUGGAUAUUACGCUGAAAACUAAAUUGACAGCCCAAGGGAAGAGCCAUGGUGUUACAUUACAUGAUUCCCUUAUAGAGGGGAUAAACUUUCAGGAAUGGGGCGGCGAGGCGAAGGGCGGCGGGGGCUCCGGGGCGGAGGGCGUGCGCCUGCAGCCGGCCGCGCUGCAGUUCGGCGCGGCCGCGCUGGCGGCGCCGCACGCGCGCCUCGUCACCGUCACCAACACCGCCAACACCACGCUGCACCUCGCCUCCGUCGCCGGCACCACGCCACACUUCCACGCAUCCUUCUUCGACUCAAAGACGCUGGCGCCGGGUGGCAAUACGACCUUCAGCGUGGUGUACCUUGGCCGCCACGAGGGGCCCGUCGCCGCUAAUCUUUACAUACACACCUCGCUCGGCGUGCACAAGUACCCAGUGUCAGCGAUAGGCGUGGCCAACGAGUACGAUGUGUGGCCGCUUUUGGGAGUGCGGGUUCCUAUCAACGCGUCUGUUGAGCCAAUGCUUACCUUAUAUAAUCCCACAGACGAAACCAUCCAGGUGAGCGAGGUGUACUCGUCGGGCGCGUGGCUGGGCCUGCAGCUGCCGGGCGGCGGGCGCAGCGCGGCGCGCGCCGCCUGGGCCGUGCCGCCGCGCGCCGCGCGCGACCUCGUGCGCCUGCGCCUGCGCCCGCACCACCACCACCACCACCACCAGCACCACAAUCCGCCGCAACGCACGCUUACCGCGUACGUCAGGGUGAAAGCGAACAUUCCUGGCGGCGCGCUGGUGGUGUGCGUGGAGGCGCGCAGCGCGCCGGCCGGCGAGCACGCCGCGCCGCUGCAGCUGCGCCUGCGCCCGCGUGGCGCCCGCGACCCGCCGCUCACGGUGUCGGUGCGCGCGGCCAACAGCGCGUACUCCGCUGUGCGCCUGCAGGCGGCGGUGCGGGGUGCGCGCUGCCGGCCCGCAUCCCACGCACCCCCCGCGCCCCCCGCGCCCCCCGAGGCAGCCCCCGGCGCGGAACCUAACGGCGCGGCACCCCCCGCCGGCGACCCCUGCGCCGACCCCGCGCACGCGCACGCACACAACGGUGACGACACCGAGCCGCCAGCGGGCGCGUACCUGACGCUCGUCCGCUCGCAGCUGGAGCCGCUGCAAGACUUUACAGAAGUCGCACAACUAACUCUCAACUACGGUGAGCUGUGGGCGAGCGCGUGGGGCGGGGAGGCGGGUGAGGAGGGGAAAGUGGGGGAGGCAGGGGAGGUGCGGUGCGAGGGCUGCGUGCGGCUGGGCCGCGCCGCGCUGCCCUACUCGCUGCGCCUGCUGCCCGGCACGCUGCGCGUUAGCCCCGCACAGCUGCACUUCGUGACGGCACGCGAGGAGGGCGGCGAGGAAGAGGAGGGAGUGGUGGGGGCGCGGGGCGCGGGGGAGCUGCGCGCGCACAACGAGUGCUCGCUGCCGCUGCGCGUGCUGCUGGCCGUGCCGCCGCACCUGCGCCAGCACUUCCACGUGACGGAUAUGAGCCCGCUGGUGCUGCAGCCGGGGGCGAGUGGCGUGGUGGCGCGCCUGCAGCUGCAGCAGAGCGCGCUGCGCGACAACGUGACGCUGCACGCGCACCUCACGCUGCACACCAACCUGUCGCACUACACCGUGCCCGUGUUCGUCUACAGCGGCCGCUUCACGCUGGAGUGGGAGUGGCCGUGGGGCAGUGCGGAUGGCGGCGUGUCGCUGGGCGCGCUGGGCACGUCGGCGUCGCGGCGCGUGCUGCUGCGGCUGCGCAACCCGGGCGCCGCGCGCCUCUGCGCCCGCGAGCUGCGCGCGCUGCUGCCCGCCGCCGCCGCCUCCGCGCACCUGGCGCUGCACGCCUGCGCGCAGCACCGCGACCCGCCGCCGGACCACCCCUGCCGGUGCGUGGAGGGCGGCGAGACGGCGGAGGCGUGGCUGGCGGUGGUGGCGCCGGCGCGCGGCGGCGACGUGCGCGGCGAGCUGCGCGUGCGCACGCGCCACGCCGCCAGCAGCGUGCCGCUGCGCCUGCGCGCGCUGCCCGGCCGCCUCGCCGCGCAGCCCCUGCUGCUGCCCGCCGCCGCGCCCUAUGCGUGGUCUUCGACUGAACUCGUGGUGGAGAGUACUAUGGAUUUAGAAAUGUACGUGACCAAUGUGACGCAACCGGUCCCCGAUCCGGCACUCACGUACAUGCCGGCGGCGGGCGCGGGCGCGGGCGCGGUGCGCGCGGGGCGGCAGGCGGUGGGGCGCGUGCAGUACGCGCCCGAGCGGCUGUGCGAGCCGCACUGCUACACCGGCCUUCAUCUCGAUUCACCGGAGGGUGUGUUGUGGAUGUCGCGGGGCAACGUAGCCACUGCCGAGUCGCUGGACGCGGACGCGAUGCUGUUGCGUGCGCGCCUCGGCCGCUUCCUGCGCGAGUCGCCCCUGCGCAAUCUCACGCUGCACCUGCACACCACGCAGGUGCUGCAGACGGCGGUGAGCGGCGCGGUGCGGCUGCGCUGGCCGCGGCUGGGCGCGGCGGGUGCGGGCGCGGUGGGGGGCGCCGGCGGUGCGGGGGGCGCGGCGGGCGCGCCGUCCGCCGUGGGCGUGGCGCGCAAGCUGCGCGUGCUGGCGCGCAACCCGUCGCGCUCGCACGCGCUGCUGCUGCAGCCGGUGCUCGCGCACGACCUGCACCUGCCGCCCGAUGCGGGCGGGUCCGCGCGGUGUGAGAACGCAAGCUGCGUGUGGGCGCCGCACGCCUUCGCGCUGACAGGCUGGCGCGCGGCGCGCGGCCACGUGCGCGAGUGGCCUGCCACCGCUGCCACCGCUGCAACCGCCACCGCCGCCACUGCCACCGCCGCCCCUGCCACCGCCGCGCCGCUGCUGCUGUUGGAGCCGGGCGCCGAGCUGGAGCUGACGCUGAGCUUCACGCCGCCCGAGCCCGCGCUGCUCGCCGCAUACCUCUACCUCAGAAACAAUCUAACCAUCUUGGAAGGCAUACUUUUGAUGGGUGAAGGAGCUUAUCCCAGUUUCGAGUUGGCGGAUCGAAAACCUGGCUCGACGGUUCCGAUAUCAUUUGAGGUGUCGGAGUGCGGCGGGGCGGACGGGUCCUUGGGCGUGGUGCGGCGCACGGUGGUGGUGCGCAACACGGGGCGCGUGGGCGUGCGCCUGCGCGAGUGGCGCGUGGCCGGGCGCGCGUGCCAGGCGCGCGGCUUCCGGCUGCGGCCCUGCGCGCCGCUCGCGCUCGCGCCCAACCAGUCGCGCGCGCUCUCGCUGGCCUUCGCGCCCGACUACACGCUGGCGCUGGUCGCCGCGCGCCUCGAGCUGCGCUGGGAGCGCGGCCGCGCGCACUUCGCGCUGGCCGCCGCCGCGCCCGCGCGCCUGCUGCCGCGCUGCGCGCCCGCCGCGCGCCCGCCCUUCGACCCGCUGCUGCGCCCCGCCGCCGCGCUGCUCGCCGUCGCCGCGCUCGCGCUCGUGCUGGCCGCCGCCGCGCUCGACGCCGAGCGCCUGCUGCGCCGCGCGCGCCAGGCCCGCGCCGCCGCCGCCGCCCCGCACCUCGCGCCGCGCGCGCCGCUCGACCUGCGCGCCGACCCGCCGCCCGCGCCCGCGCCCGCGCCCUCGCCCGCCGCCGCCCCCGCGCCCACCCCGCCCCGCCCGCCGCCCGCCCGCCGCCGCCGCGCGCCGCGCCGCACGCCGCCCGCGCCCGACCCGCACGCCGAGCGGCGCGCUUUCGAACGCUGGCGGGCGGAAAUGUUGCGCCGCCCGGACGACGACGACUCCCGCUCCAGCGAGGACGCCGAUUCCACUUCCGCCGACGCCGAACCGCCGCCGUCGCACGUCGAAGAUCUCGCGACUUCUCCGCUCGACGACGACGAACCGUUUGAGUUACAACUCGAUCCGUCCCCGGCGGUCGACGACGACGACGACGACUACGAACCGGACCGCGAACCCGACGACGACGAGGAGCGUCCGUCGAACAGCGGCGACGAAGACGCGGUGUCUACCGGGUCGGACGCGUCCACACCGACCAGCAACAAGGGCGAGCCCGAGGAGCAUUCCGAACCCGAAGGAAGCGAGACCACCGUGGACCGCGACACACCCACGGACGCGAACGACGAUCGACUGGAAACUCCUAUCGAACCGCCCACAAAAACUCCCGACGCUAAUAUAUCGCCACGAGUUACUCGGCCUCGCCGCGAGCACGGUGACACGCCUCGACGCAGCGAAAAGUCCAAAGUGAUCGGAUCACCGGAAAUAUCGCACACACGAAGGCUAGGUGGCAAGCAUGGCCGCAAGGACAAGAAUACAAAACGGCGGAACGAGCGGUCAAUCGCCGCAAUUGGACCGCCGGCGCAAGGCGACGUGGAGCCGGAAGCGGAGGGAGAGACGCGUGCGACGACCGGGAGUGGAGCAGAUGGCGGUGCAGGGAGUGCAGCGAGCAGCAACGCGCUGCGCUGGGGCGCGUCGUGGAGCUCGGUGGUGGCGGCGCGCGGCGCGCUGCCGCCCAUCGGCUCGGACGUGCGCCGCGCCGCGCCUCAGCCCGCCCCCGCCCCCGCCGCCGCCGCCGCCCCCACCCCAGCACCCGCUCCCGCCCCUGCACCCGCACCCGCCACCGUGCCCACCGACCACUCGCUGUUCUACUUCAACGGCGACGGUACCGAACUGCCGUGGCGUGCGACCACGCUCGAUCGCCCGUACGCCACACACGCCACUCCCACGCGGGACUAUUUGGAGGAAGCGAGCGGCGUGGGUGGCGUGGGCGUUGUGGGAGGCGCUCGCAGCGCGGGCGGGGGGUUCGGCGCGCUGGGCGGCACGUGGGGCGGGGUGGGGGUGGGGGCGGGCGCGUGGGCGUGGGGCGCGGCGGGCGCGGUGCGGCCGCCGCCCGGCUUCGGCGCGCCGCCGCGGCCGCCGCGCGCCUACGACCCGUUCCGCUCGCUCGCCUCCAUCUGGGCGCCCGGCGCCGCCGACUGGCGCCUGGACGCGCCCGACGCGCCGCCGCCCGCCCCGCCCGCCCCGCCACAAGCCUCCGACGCCGCCGACGACGAGCGCUAG